AUGGCCGCCCGCGUCGUCGACACUGUGCGCGCCAACUGGAAUAUGUUCAGCGCGACCGAACGCCGCAACGUCGCCGUCUACAUCCUGGGCAUCAUGCUGUACAAGUUCGGCCUCGAGGCCUUCAACGGCUCCAUCGUUGCCCUCGCCACCAACCGCUACGACUACGACGCCUUCCGCGCCCACGCCCAGCCCAAGACCUUUGAGCGCGUCGGCCUACUCACCGGCCUCAACCAGGCCUUCCAGUGCAUCGGCUCCAUCCUCAUCGCGCCGCUCGUCCGCCGCGCGCCCACCCGCCUCGUCCUCGCCGUCUCCAUCCUCGUCUUCGGCCUCUUCACCGCCCUUCUGCUCAUCCUCGACGCCAGCACCGGCGGCCGCUUCGUGCCCCCCGAGUUCCGCACCGACCACCCCAGCAUGGACUUCCACUACUACGGCCACUACAACACCGACGGCAUCAUCCCCAUCUACUGCGUCACCGGCGUCGUCUACGGCAUGGUCGAGCUCAUCCGCCGUGUCAUCCCCCGCGACAUCGUCGGCGGCAACGUCCAGAAGCUGCGCCGCAUGGACGCCCUCGUCCACGUCUUCUAUGAGAUCUCCGGCACCGCCGGAGCCUUCUGCACCGCCCUCGCCCUCAUCCCCCAGCUGGGCAACAACUACUCCUUCAUCAUCACCCCCGUCUGCUUCUUCUUCGCCGGCUGCACCUGGCUCUGCAUCCACGACACCAAUCCCACCCAGCCGCCGCGCCAGAAGGUCCUGUCCGACCAGCCCACCUACGUCAAGGCCGUCUUUGGCUCCUUCUUCCUCUUCGGUGAGUCCCUCUGGACCGGCGCUCGUCUCAUCCUCACCAACCGCCGUUUUAUCUGGCUCGUUCCCGGCUACGCCAUCGCUUUCUAUGGCCAUCGAUACCUCGAAAACGGUCUGGCACCGGCAAUCGCCCGAAGAUAUCUGGGCCACUCGGCCUGGUCCCAGGUCAUAGUCGGUGGCUCCAAUCUGGGUGAGUUGUUCGGAGCCGCCUUCGUCUUCCUCUUCACCAAUCUCAUCACCACGCCUAUCCCCUGGAUCCGCACCGACGCCAUUAUGCUGCUGGUUGUAUGGUACCUGCCCUUCUGGCACCCGCCUUCAGGCGAUGUGCGGUACGCCUGGAUUAUCGGAGCCACGUUCCUCCCUAUAUCUUUCGGCUGGGCUGCCGGCGACGUCUCGCUGGCCGCCUAUAUCCAGGCCACCCUUGCCCGUGUUGAAUCAAAAACGAAAAACGUGUCCGCCCUGGGCGCCGUCAUGGCGUGCCUGUACACCACGUACAUCGUCAUAUACGCUAUCACUUCGCCCAUUCUAGGCCAGUAUAUCGAUAACAUUUAUAUCAAGACCGGCGGCAGCCAAGGCGGGGAUAUCCACGAAGCCAUCCUGAACGUUGCUGGUAUCCAGUACACCAUCAUGGCGGUCAUCAUUUUCGCCUCCACCUUCGUGCCUCAGGGUUCCUUCGCUUUGAACCCUAAGUUGCUUUUCAACCAGAAUCUCGAUGCCGAUCUCGAAGUGUGCGAGAUCGGCUCGGUAGAUACCAAAAAAAGUGUGGAGCUGCGAAAUACGGACAGAGAUGCGAGUUCGUGGUAA